AUGAAUCAUUGUAAGCAGAGAUGUUUUUCCCCUCUUGAGGCCAAGGUCUGGAUAUGCCACUACUCAGUCUUAUCAACUCAUUAUCACACUUUGAUCUUCAUUGCAGUCAGUGACACCACUGUGCCUUCAUCCAUCAUCUUCCCCCUGUCUUCCGUGGCCUUCCUCAUAGUACCCAUUGGGAAAGCUUCUUUAGAGUGGCCUCCAAAGUCAGGUCGAGUACAAUUGGAUCAUGAAUUUACAGAGAGGGCGCAGAAAUUUGUACAAAUUCAUAGGAAUAGCUACAUGGUGUUGACAUCAGCUCUUCAUGGUCCACAUGAGAUGGCUGUCAUAGCAGCCAUACAAACCAGGUUCAUAGACCACAAUCUCCGGAUAUUGCCAGUACAUAAUGAAAGUGAAUGUUUGCAAACCAUUCUGACAAUUGCUCAGGCCACCUGUAAACCGACAUGCAACAUUCUCAAGUCUCGUCUUGAUGCCAUCGUAUCAAGGCAGAAUAGUGAACAAAUGAUUCUAAACAUCCUCUCUCAGUUGGGCCUCAGUCAUCAUCAUAUCCUUAUCAUAAUAUUAUUGAAAUACUGUAUAUUUCUUAAUAAUCAAGAAAUAGACAAAUAUUUUGAGUUUUCAUUCUGGUGCAUUCUGAUACAUGUAAUGUAUAUAUUUACAGAUUCUUUCUCAUUCUUGAGGAUUUGUGUUUGUUAAUUGUAUUUG